AUGGUCGACAGGUCAGGAAUAGGUCUUCGUACUGUGUUUCUCCCCCGCCCUUCCCUUCAAUCUAUCACAACGACCACCGCUACUCGGACCAUUAACGACCUCACUACCCAGAUUGGCACCCUUGGCGUGCGAGGCAGUACACAGCCUUUGCCGCGUAACCACUCCCUCGACAAGUGGCAGAACUUUGUUGUCAACCCCGCUAUCGGACAAGAGUUUGGCAAUGACCUUCAGCUGUCCGAGAUCGUACACGCCGAGAACAAGGACGAGCUUCUGCUUGACCUGCGAGGCGUAGUCUUCUUCCGAGCCCAGGAUAUCGGCCUCGAAGACCAAAAGACAUUGAGCAGGAAGCUCGGAGAGCUCUCAGGCAAGCCCCAGGACUCCGCCCUAUAUAUCCACCCUCUCACCCCAAAGGAUUCUGAGAAGGAUGACCAGAUCCUUGUCAUCAGCGCCGAGAGACGCAACAAGCGGGCACAGGUAGAAGAUUCAACCCGCUUUGCUUCCAAGGACUGGCACUUUGACAUCACCUUUGAACCCGUUCCCAGCGACUACUCUAUUCUCAAGAUCCACACGGCCCCUGAGAAUGGCGGCGAAACUCUUUGGGCAUCUGCUUACGAAGCCUACUCUCGCCUAUCCCCCGAAUUCGCAAAGUUCCUCGAGGGCAAGGAGGCUUUACACGAAGCUACUUCUUCCGACAAGUACGCCGAGGCUGCCGGCAUCACUCUCAGGACCGAUGUGAGGGGAUCUCCUCUCAACAGUGGGCCGGGGUUGAGUGCCAUCCAUCCCGUUAUUCGUGUUAGUAAGUACCCCACUCUGGGAAGGUCGUAUAGCCACUAG